CUCACCGAUUGGGUUUAUGUCUACCGAAAUCGUGUUCCAAUGAAGACAUUGAACGUUUGUCGAAAAGUUUCUUUUCUCGGCCAAAACUUAAAUUUCAAAAAGUUUAUAACUCAACGAUCGAAGUUAUUAACGUGAGGAGCAUGGACAUCCAGAACUUUUUAGACCGGCCCGAAGUUAGUGGAAUAUUUUUUGCCAUUUGUAUCGUCAUAGCAUUGGUGGUAACAUUUAGUUUUGCCAACUCUGUUGUUGAAAGGACAAAUUGGGAUGGACUGAAAUCUUUCCUCAAAUGCUUCUCGAUUUAUGACAGCGUGGUUUCAAUUUACAACACAAAUUCAUCACCAAACAGUAUCAAUUCAAUAAACGGAAUAAGGUCGUUGAUAUGUCUGUGGGUAUUGCUCAUCCAUUGUGGUUAUUUUACGAUGUACGCCUAUGAUAAUCUUCCCGCACUAAUGGCCACUUUAGAACGUAUCGAGAUUCAACCGAUUUUUGCCAUCGUGUUCUACGUCGAUGUGUUUUUUGUUUUAAGCGCAUUGCUUUUGGUUUAUAACUUCCUGAAGGACGAACGUACGUUAACUGAAGUCAGGAACAACACUAACAUUGGAAACGCCAAACUAUUCGUCAAGAAAAUCAUUCACCGAUACAUAAGACUCACCCCCGCCUUUAUCUUCACUGUCGGAUUGGGACACAUAUUGUCCGUUUAUAUACAACAGUCUACGAGUUUCCACAUUGAUGAAACGUUCGACGCUUAUUGCCCGCAAAAUGCUUUGUGGAACAGUGUGUUUUACAUUCACAAUUUGUUUGAAGUCAAGGAUAUGUGCUUGGCCUGGUCGUGGUAUCUAGCAUGUGAUAUGCAAUUUUAUAUCAUCAUUCUGUUCAUUCUAUUUGUAUACGCCAGGAAUCCAGCAACUGCAAAGGUCAUGUUUGUUGCGCUAUGUGCAGUUCUGACAUCAGUUCUCAUUUACUUAGAUGUGGAUAUGAAUGUGCUACCUAGAUUAGACUCAAUAUUUGACCAUCUCGAUGAGUUUUACAUUGAACCAUGGAAUCGAAUGCAUCCAUAUUUAGCCGGUUGUACUGUAGGGUACAUAAUGUUCCAAAUAAAAGGAAAAAAGUUUUCAGAAAAUCGGUACAUAACCCUUUCCUAUUGGACCGUAACGGCUGCGACAAUAGUUGGAUCACUAUUCCUCACAUCGUUUAAAGAAUCUACAGCCCUUAAUUUUGCGUUGGCUUUGUCUGUCGGGCGUUAUGUUAUGGGCGUAUUUGCUGGCUCGUGGGUUGUCAUGUGCCAUAUUGGAUAUGGUGGCAUUGUAAAUACAAUUUUAUCCAGCCGAUUUUUCGUACAUCUCAACAAAGUUUCGUACAUUAUGUAUCUGAUACAUCCCAUACUGAUCUUGUUCUUUAAUAGUACGCAAGAAUCUAGUCCUCAUUUUGAUUUACCGAGUUUAGCUCUAUCUAUCUUUGGUAUUAUGUUGCUGAGCUAUGUUGCUGCCGUCAUUCUGUCACCGAUUUUUGAGUUACCAUUUCAAAAGCUGUCCGACGAAUACGUAAUGAAGAAAUCGAAAACGAAAAAGCAUUAAAAUAACCGAUUCUCCAUCGUAAGCGAAUAGAUUAAACUUCUGAUGGAACGGUGUGGAAACGGAACGGACUUCUAAAAUUCCUGUCUAUGUUUUGU